AUGACACCCCCAACGUCAAACCAACUGGAACUCGCACCUCUAUCAGAAGUCCUCCCUCUGGUAGACAAUUACUUCCGGAACUACAAUUCAAUUAUCCCACUCUUCGAAGAGACAGUUUUUAUGCGUAUCCUCCUGGACUUCUUUGCUCAGACAACGAAACGGUCUAUCGUCUCAUGGGCUGCGAUAAAUGUUGUCCUGGCUAUCAACUAUCGCGUCCUUGAAGGUCGAAGUUCCAAUGAUGCAGCACUUAACAGGUGCCUUCAGAAUGUCCGAUCUGUCAUGUCCGAGUUGAUGGUCCAGGGGAAAGAUCUGAUGGGGUUGCAGGUGCUUCUCGGCGUCGUGAUACUGUUUCUUGGUUCUUCAGACUUUCAACUCGCUAUCGUCUUGACCGGUAGUGUAGUGAAGCUUGCCCAAAGUCUCCGCCUGAAUUCAAAAGAGGCUCUAGAAGGAUUGACAAAUGCCGAGAAAGAUCAUAGAACACAUCUAUUCUGGUUAUCAUAUAUAUAUGAUAGGCAAAUCUCACAGCGAUCUCAAUGUCCAUAUUCACAUCUUGAUCCCGAUACAGAUAUGGACCUCCCAGAAUCCUACCUUGAGAACAACCUCGGAGUCAUGACAUCUUCUACCGACAGCGUCCGGUUCAACUACCUCCGUGCCAAAGCACAGUUCGCUUAUAUUCAAGGCAAAGUCUAUGAUCUGCUAUACAGCCAGAAAUCCACAACUCUUACACAAGAUCAGAAGUACAACAUGAUACUCCGUAUAGAAGAAAUGUUAGCGGAAUGGGUCCAAGAAAUCCCUGUAGAACUGCACACCGCAGAGGGCAUUCGUGAGAGGCUUUCCCCAGCAGCGACAGAUUUGAUGAUGAAUCUUUGGUUUCAUCAUGCUGAGUGUCGGAUCAAGAUACACUCGAUAUUCACGUUUGAGGACGCAUGGGUCAACAGAGUGAGACUGUAUCUAUCUCCGGCGGUUAUCGACAUGAGUAAUGAUAUUGAUGCGGAGGUGAGAAGAGGCGACAUUCCCCCCUUGCCGUCUGGAUGGGAUGAAUGCGUUGGGUAUGGCCGAGUGUGUUUGGAGUUGCUUUUGAAGAAAAGACCAACUGAAUACAUCCUGUGGCUCCACAACUGUGGCUCGUUUUCAUGUCUGAUUCUCCUCAUCGUCAACCUGAUCGAACAUCCAGACCAUGCCUUCACCACAAAUGAUCGUCAGCUUCUCGACAACUGCUUCAUGGUGUUUCAAGAGAUGAGUCGUCAUUUGCCGAAUGAACCGUACGGUGCUAUGCUUGCCAUGGCCCGCGAGCUGGAUGGCAAGGCAAUUGAGCAGGUCAAUCGCAAGAGAAUAUUCAAGGAGGGGCUUUGUCAAGUUGAUGACUUUAUGAUGAGCCCUUCCACUGCGUGGGAAAUUUUGGACAACGUCGACUUUCAAUAA